ACUUCGUGGUGGAGCUCUUGGGUUCAAAAGUCGACCGAUACUUUUGAGUCGAUUAAGAAGGAUUUGAAUGAAUUUAAAGAAACCGUUCAAACGGAUGGUCUGGAAGUGGUGUCAAACACGGCCUCAUAUGUGAGCCAAACCAUGAAAGACACCAUCUCUGGCAUCAGUCAUAGUGUGGCUCCAGAUUAUGACAACAAUGGCGGUCAACAGACAUCUAAUGACACGCCAACCGAUGUCCCCAAAGGGGUCAACGAAUCCAAGGAUGACAUAAGCGGUGAUAAGCCAACUGAAGAGGGAGAGGAUGAGGAGAAGAGCUCGGAUUGGGACGAAUGGACCGCAAACUUAACCAAUAGAGCCAAACAUAAGUUGAAUGGAUUGAUGGGCACUAUUGCGGACGCAUUCCUUAUAAACAGAAACUAUUACGAAGACGAGGACCAGAUGUAUGUCUUAAGUGGUGACAAAUUGGUUGCGAUCGACAAGUGGCAGGAAUUGCUGAGCGAAGUGCAGACGGACGCCAACACGUACUGUCGUGAGCCGACGGGUGCGCCCGAGCACUACGAGAGUUGGUUAAUGACAUUCAAUCUGAUCGACUAUCAAAGACAAAUGGAUCACUUGCUGCAGACCGUUCCUCAGAUGAAGGAGUUCUACACCCAAUUGGUUCCCAAUUCGUUAUCUGAUGUGGAGUUUUGGCACAGAUUUUACUAUAGAGUCCAUCAGUUGAGGGAAAGCGAGCGCAAGAAAAUUGAAGACAAAGGCAACGAAUUGAAAGAGUCAUCUCAUGAAGAGGUGGUCCGCAAAGACAACAGCAAAGAAUCGGUCGAAAUAAGGCUUUUAGAAGAAAACAGUUCUGUCUUUGAAUCGCAACAAAUGAAAGAUGAGUUACUCUCGAUGUCCAGCAACGAGUGCUCAGACAUGAAAUCUACGGCCGACUCGAGUGAUACGCAAAAGUCUGAGACGGGAAGCGAUGACUGGGAGAAGACUGACAUUCCCGUCAGCGAUGAAGAGUCUAAAGAUUGGGUUAAAUACGAAUGA